GGCUGCGGCCGUUGGCGCGGAGUGCAGUUUUUAAUGUUGUUGCCUUUUUUUAAUCCCAUUGCAAAAUGUGAGAGGAGAAGCUGCUGGUGGAGGCAAGUCAUAGGCCAUGAGUCGUCGAAGGAAACAUGGGGACAGCCCUGGUCCGAGGAACACGCCGCGCAAAACAGCGGUGGCUGAGGAAUUCGGCUCGGUGGUCGAGCCAGGGAGGAGGCGACUGAGGUCGGCCCACCAUUCUGGGCUCCGCGGGCCUGGAGAGGGGCCUUACGAGCCAAGGCGGCAGCAAGAGCAGCCUCCGGCAGCUGCAUCAUGCAGUAAAAGUAACCCCGAGGAAAGGUAUGAAACACCAAAGAGAGUGCUGAAAAUGGAUUUAUUGGCAUCUACCUUCAGUUCUCCUAAUGAUCCAGAUGGACAGAAUGAUAUCUUUUGGGAUCAAAAUUCUCCAUUGACAAAGCAGUUAGGUAAAGGAAGAAAAAAACAGAUUUACGCCACAGAUAGUGAUGAGAUUUCACAUAUUGUUAAUCGUAUUGCUCCUCAGGAUGAAAAACCAACAACAAACUCUAUGCUGGGCAUGUGGAUUGGUGAAACUGCUAUUCCUUGUACUCCCAGUAUAGCAAAAGGAAAAUCAAGAGCAAAAUUCAGCUGCACAAAGUUAAGAACACAAAAUCAAGAAGAAGAACUUAUGAAAUUGGCUAAACAAUUUGACAAAAAUAUGGAAGAGCUAGAUGUCAUCCAAGAGCAAGAUAAGAGGAAUUAUGAUUUUAUUCAGAUGAUUUCAGAAACAAAGACUUUAAAUAAUUACAAAGAUAAUGUACAAAUGCAGUCAUUAUAUAAUAUAGGUACUAAAGUAGAUAAUGGUAUAAUAAAGAAGCCAAUCAAAGGAAACACCAAGAUACCUGACGAAAAUGAUCAAAGUAGCAGUCAGAAGCCAUUUGACCAAAAUGUUGAAGCAGCCCUUAAUGCCAUUUUUGAUGGUUCAACUCAGAAAUGUAGUGGAUGGUUAAGCCAAGAAGCUUUUUUGAACACCAGCAAUACUACCUUUGGAAAGAAAAAUGCUUUGAAAGAGGACAAAGUAAUUAAUGAAACUCUGGUCUCUGAAAAACUGCUAAAUAAAACUCUGGGUUCACUUUCUUCUCCUUUGGAUACUCCUGUAAUGACACAAUCAUGUGUGACUUCCUGUACUAAGGAGCCCAAAACUUGUUAUAAGCCCCCUGAUGCAUUUAUUACCAGUGAUUUUGAGGACGAUUGGGAAAACUUGCUAGGUAAUGAAUGUUUUGUUAUGCAAAACGUCAAAGUGCCUGAACUCGUCCCUUCUAAAACAGCCCAAGUUACUGAUCAAAAGGGACUUUGUACCUUUAAUGGGAAAAACGAUAAAAGUAAGUCAGGAACAAAUACAAGUCUAGAUGUUAGAUUAAGAGAUUCAGAAAUUUUACAAAGUCUUCCUUCAGAGACACCUAACAGGGAAUAUCAAAUUUCACUAAAUCCAAAUGAUAAAUCAAACAAAUUACCAUCCACUGAAAAUAACAAGAAAUUUGAGACAUCCUUCAAUAAAAUUGUUAUUCAAGACAAAAUUCAAGAUACUGCAACUGCAUCUAGUUUGACAAAAGUAAAGGAAGAUAUUUGUGCUAAAUUUACUUCUUGUGUAAAUGCUUCUGAAACAUCUGCUUUGAACUCUGGAUAUUCUAAUGAUCAAAAAAAUAAGCCCAUUUUUAGUCAUUCUGUUAAAGCACCUGUUGAUACUGGCUCUGCAACUCUAGGCAAUGAAACCAGUGUUAGUAACCGAGAUCAGACUAAUGCAUCAAAAUCGAGUUUGUUCUUUGAUGAUUGGAAUGAUCCAUCAUUCACCAAUGAAGUUAUUAAAGCAUGUCAUCAGCUAGAAGAUAGCUGGGAAGCAGAUGAUGUAGAUGAUGAUUUGUUGUACCAAGCAUGUGAUGACGUUGAAAGACUAACUCAGCAAGAAGACAAUAGAAGGGAUAGCAGGACAUCAGAGAGCAUACUUGAGGCCAAUAAUAAUUCCAUACAUGGAGCCAAAGACAUGUUUACUACAUCUAAACAAGGAAGUCAUUUGGUACAGUCAAAGCAUCUGAAUCUGGGCAACAUUUCAAGGCAAACGUCUUCUUUAACAAAUAGCUUGCAAAUGGAUAAGUCAGUAAAGAUGGAGAAAGGAGAAAUAUGUGGAAAUUCGCCAAGUUUUUUAGGUGCUACAACAAACUUGGCUAUAUAUUCUAAGAAUGCAGAUUGUCAAAUCAGUGUCUGUAGGGCUAACACUGGUGUUCCAAUACAAGUGAAUAAUUUCAAAUCAGCUCUUACUAGAAGUUCAGUUUUGAAUGUGAACUCAGAUCAUGUGGGUACAGAAAUUGCUGCUUGUAUGAAGACAUUGAAUACUCCACAACUAUCCCAUAAGACUAUAACAGAUGAAGGUCAGAGCAUCCUUAACAGUAACGUUAAAUCUUCAAAGUAUACAUUUACAAAGAUGAAAAAUUCUCAGAAUCUUUCUCGGUUUAAUCAAAAUUGUGUAAUGGGAAGCGUGUCUGUUACCAAAAUGACACAGGAUUUGGCGAAAAAGAAAACUGCUUCUGUCAGCCCAUUACUGGGAGAGGUUGUUCAACAGCAGUCUUUGGAACAGUCUUCAAAAGAGGAAGAGGAGAAAAAUAAAAAAUGUUCUCCUGAAGAAAUUCAGAGAAAAAGACAAGAAGCAUUGGUUCGGAGAAUGGCCAAAGCACGAGCAUCAUCUGUAAAUGCAGCUCCCACUUAAUUUCUUUAAUGAAAUAUUAGCUAGAAGACUUAAAGAUGAUUGAUAACUAUCUGUGAUAGGAAAAAUUUUUUUCUUGAAUUCUCUGUGAGAAAUAUAUUUAUAAAGCAUGGACUUCUACUUUAUUAUUUAAUAAAUCAAUGUUUGCAAUGGUAAA